AGAAUCUGCGAUGAGCACUUAUGGUUAUGCGCUUAAGAGUAAGAUCAGGAAAACAGUUGAUUUAUGCUAGCGGAACCUCAACAUGAUCACCUUUCCUGUAGGGAGUUUCUUCCUGUUCCAUAUUUAGAAUUUUUCUGUUUUGUUACCUCUUUCCCUACACCCCUGGAUAUUGGGACCACAACAGAUCUAUCGGAAGCAGGUAGCCAUUAGCAAUCCUCUUAUACCUAGUAAUCUGUACAGCGGCAAGGACACUAAGAGCCAACGCCAAGCGCGACCUCUCGUAUCCUUUGUGGUUUGGGACACCCUUCAGGAUCUCACGGAAUCAUGGCAAAUAAGAUGGUCGGGAAGGGUAAAUUGCCCGUUGAAUCAGAAGAUGCGCAAAAACUGCGCUUCCAAGCGGAACUUGAGUUCGUACAAUGCCUGGCGAAUCCCAACUAUCUGCACUUUCUCGCGCAACGUGGCUUCUUCAAAGAUGGUAACUUCAUCAAAUACCUGAAGUAUCUGUUGCAUUGGAAGGAUCCGGAGAUGGCCAAGUACCUGAAGUAUCCGAUGUGUCUCUACUUUCUGGAUUUGCUCCAGUACGAACACUUCCGGCGGGAGAUUGUUAACGCCCAGUGCUGUAAGUUUAUCGACGACCAGGCGAUCCUCCUGUGGCAGCAUUACACCCGAAGGCGCACCCGCCUCACAUCGUUGGGAACGACAAGUUUAACCGGGUUGGCGGUCGGAGGUCAACCAGUUGGCGGUGGUGUCCAGGGACCACUACUCUCGAACGAACCGCUUCCCAUGGCUAAUAACAAUAACAAUACCAACAGCACCAAUGCCAACAACCCUCAGCAGCCUGGUCAGCAGCAGCAGCAAAAUGGUGCACCCAUGGUACAGCAAAAUGGCCUUUCGAACAACACUGGGAUGUCCGGUGGAGUGAUGGGAUCGGGCGGAAGUGGUGGAGGCGGUAUUAAUCUCAGUGGGCAAAAGGUCUCCUAAGUUUUGAACUUGCUGGAGAUAGUGCACAUUUCGAACACUAAAGUUUUGAAAGAUUUAUGUUUUCUUCUGUAAAAAAGACUGUUUUAUAACACUUAUAAUAAAAUGCUUAAGUAAUCUUA